UAGCGAGCAUCUAUUCCGCGUGUUUGCAGCCGACAAAAACCAAACGAAGAAGAAGAACCGCUUGUGCGUGCGUAUCUUCCUUGCUAGUAACACAGUUUCGCGCUCAUCAACAACAGCAGAGGAAAAAGAUGGCAGAGAACGACGUUGAUAAUGAACUUCUGGACUACGAAGAGGACGAGGAACCCCAAGGACUCCCUGAGAGCGGCACCCCGGCGAGCAAAAAGGAGGUGAAGGGUUCCUACGUUUCCAUCCACAGCUCGGGUUUCCGAGACUUUCUCCUCAAACCAGAGCUGCUCCGAGCCAUCGUUGACUGUGGGUUUGAGCAUCCUUCAGAAGUUCAACACGAGUGUAUUCCUCAAGCUAUCCUGGGCAUGGACAUCCUGUGUCAGGCCAAGUCUGGUAUGGGAAAGACAGCCGUGUUUGUGCUCGCAACCCUGCAGCAGAUAGAACCGGUGGACGGGCAGGUGUCGGUCCUUGUCAUGUGCCACACGCGAGAGCUGGCCUUCCAGAUAAGCAAAGAGUACGAGCGCUUCUCCAAGUACAUGCCCACAGUCAAGGUGUCCGUGUUCUUCGGCGGCCUGGCCAUCAAGAAAGACGAGGACGUGCUAAAGAAGAACUGCCCCCACAUCGUUGUGGGAACUCCGGGCCGGACCCUGGCCCUCAUCCGGAACAAGACCCUCAGCGUGAAGAACAUUAAACACUUUGUGCUCGACGAGUGCGAUAAGAUGUUGGAGCAGUUAGACAUGAGGCGCGACGUUCAGGAAAUCUUCAGGCUGACGCCCCACGAGAAACAGGUCAUGAUGUUCAGCGCAACGCUAAGCAAGGAGAUCCGUCCCGUCUGCCGCAAGUUCAUGCAGGAUCCGAUGGAAGUGUUUGUGGACGACGAGACCAAGCUGACGCUUCACGGCUUACAGCAGUAUUACUGCAAGCUGAAGGACAGCGAGAAGAACCGGAAGCUGUUCGACCUGCUCGACGUGCUGGAGUUCAACCAGGUGGUGAUCUUCGUGAAGUCGGUGAAUCGCUGCGUGGCUCUGUCACAGCUGCUGGUGGAGCAGAACUUCCCCGCGAUAGCGAUCCACAGAGGCAUGGCGCAGGAGGAGAGGUUAUCCCGGUACCAGCAGUUUAAAGACUUCCAGAGGCGGAUCCUGGUGGCGACCAACCUGUUCGGCCGAGGCAUGGACAUCGAGCGGGUCAACAUCGUCUUCAACUACGACAUGCCGGAAGAUUCUGACACAUACCUUCACAGAGUGGCGCGUGCCGGCAGGUUCGGGACCAAAGGCUUGGCCAUCACCUUCGUGUCAGACGAAGCGGACGCCAAGACCUUGAACGAGGUGCAGGACCGCUUCGAGGUCAACGUCGCAGAGCUGCCAGACGAGAUCGACAUCUCCUCCUACAUUGAACAGUCCAGAUGAGUCCGACGUGUUCCCCCCAUGAAGACUGUGUGGCCCUCAUUGUUGCUGUGUUUUUUGGUGGAAUAUUUGUAUAAAUAUCCUCCUCCCAACAUGCACGUUGGCAAGUUUGUUAGUCAUUUUUUAAUUUUAAUGUCUCAUUGAAGAGUGCUGGUUUUAGUCCUUUUCCUUGUUGAAACCGUGAAUAUUGUUUUAUGUUUUUUUUUCUUUUGUUAAAGAAAUAAACUUUUUAACUUAUUUUCUUUUAUUUUACUUCUGUGUAUUGGGUUUUGAAUAUCUCAGAUGUUUUAAAGUAUUUCAGGUGUUGAAUCAAAGAUAUUGCUGAUGUAGUUUUGACUGUAGUGAUGAUACUCGCCAGCAGAGGGCGCUGUUGUCUGUACCGCGCAGCCGCCGUCGUCCCAGACAGCUGCUGACUUCAAACUGCCUGCCAAGAAGUAUAAUUUGAAACUGUACGAGUUGAGUUAAAAUAAAUCCUCACAUGAAACUUGAA